CUCUCCCUCUCUUUCCUUCUCUUCUUCUUCUUCUUCUUCUUCAUCAUCCCUCUCCUGCUUCUCCUCCUUCUCUUCUCUCUCUCCCAUGGUUCCUUUCUUCUCACCAUGCCCUCUCAGCCCGACCUCCCCUUCUCCCUCCCUAGGUGGCUUGGACUGUUUCACAGUAAAAAAUCAAGCAACGAAAAUGGUGACAACGAAAACAGUAAUGACGACAGUCCAGUUACAAACAACUUCGAAUGUUACGCCUGUACUCAAGUAGGCGUUCCAGUCUUUCAUUCCACCAGCUGCGACGACGCCCAACAGCCGGAAUGGGAGGCCUCCGCCGGCUCUUCACUCGUUCCAAUCCAGGCCCGGUCCCGGCCCAAGAAGAUUCUCAGCCAGGCUCAGGUUCGGUCGGGACUGCUCGGGAACGUUUUGGACCCACGUAGGAAGCGCGUGCAGAGGUGGAACCGGGCGUUCCUUCUGGCACGUGGAAUGUCCUUGGCGGUUGAUCCUUUGUUUUUCUAUGCUCUGUCCAUUGGCAGAGGUGGGGCCCCCUGCCUCUACAUGGACGGCGCCUUGGCCGCAAUAGUCACCAUCCUUCGCACGUGUGUGGACACCGUUCAUCUCUUCCACUUGUGGCUCCAGUUCAGGCUGGCUUACGUGUCACGAGAGUCCCUCGUCGUCGGCUGCGGCAAGCUUGUGUGGGAUGCACGUGCCAUCGCCUCUCACUACGUCCGGUCCCUUCGCGGCUUCUGGUUCGACGUGUUUGUGAUCCUCCCCGUUCCUCAGGCAGUGUUUUGGUUAGUUGUUCCGAAAUUGAUUAGGGAAGAGAAGAUUAAGAUGAUCAUGACAAUACUCCUAUUAAUCUUCUUGUUUCAGUACCUUCCCAAGGUUUACCAUAGCAUCUGCCUGAUGAGAAGGAUGCAGAAAGUUACAGGAUAUAUUUUUGGUACCAUCUGGUGGGGGUUUGGCCUUAAUCUCAUUGCUUACUUCAUUGCCUCUCAUGUUGCUGGAGGUUGCUGGUAUGUCCUCGCAAUACAACGAGUGGCGUCAUGCCUUCGUCAACAAUGUCAAAGAAAGGCUCAUUGUGAUCUCUAUUUGUCAUGCUCAGAGGAGGUUUGCUACCAGUUUCUGGUCCCUGCAGGAGCAAUUGGGAAUUCAUGUGGUAGUAACUCAACCACAACUAAGAGAAAAUCCAUGUGCUUAGACGUUAAUGGUCCCUUCAAUUAUGGAAUUUAUCAGUGGGCUCUUCCGGUCAUUUCUAGCAAUUCUGUUGCUGUCAAGAUCCUAUAUCCCAUUUUUUGGGGCCUCAUGACCCUCAGCACCUUUGGCAAUGAUCUUGAACCAACAAGUCACUGGCUGGAAGUAAUGUUCAGUAUAUGUAUUGUGCUGAGCGGAUUAUUGCUCUUCACUCUGUUGAUUGGAAAUAUCCAGGUGUUUCUGCACGCAGUCAUGGCAAAGAAGAGAAAAAUGCAGCUCAGAUGUCGAGACAUGGAAUGGUGGAUGAGACGCAGGCAAUUGCCAUCACGUUUGAGGCAAAGAGUUCGCCAUUAUGAGCGUCAAAGAUGGGCUACAAUGGGAGGAGAAGAUGAGAUGGAUUUGAUCAAAGAUUUGCCUGAAGGCCUCAGGAGAGACAUUAAACGCUAUCUUUGCCUUGAUCUCAUUAAAAAGGUACCUUUGUUCCAUAACUUGGAUGAUCUCAUUCUCGACAACAUAUGUGACAGGGUGAGGCCCCUAGUCUUCUCCAAGGAUGAAAAGAUAAUUAGAGAAGGAGAUCCUGUGCCAAGGAUGGUGUUCAUCGUCCGCGGACGCAUAAAACGAAACCAAGGCUUAAGCAAAGGCAUGGUAGCCACAAGUGUGCUAGAACCAGGAGGCUUUCUAGGUGAUGAGCUACUCUCCUGGUGCCUUCGCCGCCCUUUCAUCGACCGCCUUCCAGCAUCAUCUGCAACAUUUGCUUGUAUGGAAUCAAUAGAGGCAUUUGGUCUAGAUGCAAACAAUCUCAAAUACAUCACAGAUCACUUCAGGUACAAAUUUGCAAAUGAGAGGCUCAAAAGAACAGCAAGAUACUACUCAUCGAAUUGGAGAACUUGGGCGGCAGUGAACAUCCAAUUCGCUUGGCGAAAAUACAGAAUGAGGACUAGGGGUCCUGUGAUUCCUGUAAUUGAAAGUGGCAGCAGCAAUGGAAACAUGCUCCUCAAAUAUGCUGCAAUGUUCAUGUCAAUUAGACCUCAUGACCAUCUUGAAUAACUAAGAACUAGCUAGCCUUAGUAAUUUUCAAUUCUUCAUUCUCUGUUAGUCAUCUUCAUUGCUCAAUAAAAGCUCUUUGCCUUUCUCUAGGUAGGAAAUUGGUCAUGGAAGUCUUGUAACUUUUGUAUUUAUUUUAGAUGAAAUAAUAAAAGAAAGAUAUAUAUA